AUGUUGAAAAAUAAUUUGUUGCAAAAGUUGAAGUCGAGAACACAGAGUGUUUGUACAAUACGGGUAGGACUUUUCUGUCGGGGGGAUUGCUCCCCCGCCAUUUAUGGGAAGUGUUCUUCCAUUUCAGUCCCUAGCCUGACGGCAGGCCACAUUCGUGCCAGAUGUCGGUAG